AUGUCAUUUCCCAAUCAGACUACACAUUUGAUAGCUCAGUUCAGGGCAUCGUAUCUAACGCUUACUGAUAAUGACGAAUAUGCCAAAAGAAUCAUCAAACCGUUGAUUCUAGAAGAUGAAAGGGAGAAUGAAGAGAUCAACGGGAGAGUAUUGGCUCAACUUGGAGAUCAGCUUCUGCAUUCGCCACCCAUAGCAUUCCAUAGUUCUGUGAAGAAAGGCUUGAAUGACGAUGACCAGCCUUCCAGUUAUCACCAUGCCCUGAUGAGUCAUAAGAAACCAAAUCAACUUCAUAAUAAGAAAAGAAGGUCGACCAAGAGGCUUCGUCCCAAGACAAUAAAAGAAGAAUCCAGCCGAAGUGUGUCAAACAACUCUACCAUCACUCCACCUUCCAAUGAGAUUACCGAACAACGUAAGACAUCUGCAUCUAGUCUUGAUACCAUUCAGAAUAAUCAAUCAUCGAGUCAUUUCAAGUUUCGUCUUUCUCCGCCAUCUCAAUCCAGUUUGAAAAGCCCUGAACCAAUUGAGGAUAACAGUGAUGGCUCAUCCAAGCAAAGUAAUAAAUUCGGACUCUCUUAUACUAAGACUAUUAGAGGGGGUAAUAAAAAUAAGAAGACAAAUUCAAUUGUGAAAUUUUUCCAACCCCAACAAAAGGCAAAAUAUAAUAAUAGUGACUCGGAUAGUGAUUUUGAUAGUGAUGACUUCAUGACCAACCCUAAAGCUUUAGAAUUGAUCAAAGAGGAAAAUGCAAACCCCCCUUUGGAUUAUCAUUCUGAAGAUGGUGAAUCGUUGCCUUCCAUAAACGAUAAUGCCGAUGUUCUAACUAUUGAUAGUGACUUUGAUGUGCCGGUCUCUGAAACUGGGAACGUUGUUAAACCAGCGAAUAAUAAUAAAAAUGAAGGCGGGCCUUUGAUUCGUAAGAAAUUUAGACUUAGUCUCAAUAAUAAUAAGAAUAAUCGAAUUGAAGAAAUUGAAAAUGAUGAUCAUGACGAAUCUACGGUUGAGAAUGUAGAGCAGUCAUCAAAGAAUGACGGUGCUGAGAAUAACGAAGAUUCUGAUCUCGAAGAAUACUCCGACGAGGAUGUUGAUGAAUAUGAUGAUGAUGAAGACGAUGACGAUUAUGAUUAUGAUGAUGCCGAUGACACAUCUUCAACGGAUUCUGCAUUCACCGAUAUUGAAACGGACUCUUUGAUAGAUUCGUCUUCAAUGCUUGACUCUUAUAACGGCGUCGUGGAUAAUUAUUCUUUUGAAAAUCCUACAGAUACAGUAAAAUCUUUCAAACAAAAUAGUAAAAGAAGAAAACAAAAGUCAAAUUCUAAUACAUAUAAUGCAAUAUCAAGUAAGUCAUUUGCUUCUCAAAAUGAUUUUCUUUCAUCUACCUACAAUAAUUCUAGCACUAAUGUUAACAACUCCAACCUCAAUAAUAAUCCCAAGAAUAGUCAAGAAGGUUCUAAAACACAACCUAAUUCAGCUUCUGUCACUCCAAAUAAGUCUUUUGUUUCAUCACAGAAGAAAAAUCAAUUUGUAUUUGAAAAAAAACCAAUAUUCAAACCAGAUACAGAUCCAACCCCUCGAAAUUCAAAUUUAAGUUUAUUACUUCAAUCGAGGUCAAGGUCUGCAAAUUUAAAUCCUUUACAGUUUUAUUCUUUUGUUGAUUCGGACAUUGACGCUGAAAAUGUUCGUAAAGCUAAAAUCAAUAUUUUUGUUCCACCUAAUUUGAAACCUAUCAUUAUCGAUAUAACCAUGAAUGAUAAUGUGGCUAUCCCUGAUUGUAUUGGUUAUAUAUUACUUUCACUUUCAAAAUUGGAUGAUUUCAAGUAUAUUUCUACAAGUGCUCAUUAUAUGAAUCCUAAUAAUUGGAGACUUGAAUUGGUGGAUGAAGACGGUGAAAACUUUGGAUCCUUCGGUAUACUUGACCGGGUAAGAUUGCUUUCUUCUUACAACAACCCAAGAGAUUUAGCUAUAUGUAAAAUUGAAAAUAAUAGCGAAAUUGCAAAAAACAACAAAAUUACACCUUUGCCGAAAGAAUUCAAGGAAAGCUUGGUAUCUUUUGAAGAAAGACAAAAGAAGUUCAAUUCUAUUCUUGAAAAUGAGACAACCCCUUCGAAAGAACAAAAUAAAAGAAGUGCUUUUGAGAAAGAAGAAACUGUUGAGCUCAAAAUUAGUGGAGUUCCAUUCGGAAAUUCUAGUGAAAGUAUUAAUUUUUUCAUUCCUUUGACAUCCACAAUUGAAAAUUUGACUUCUGAAUUUUGUGCUGAAUAUGACCUAGACCCAUCCAAGUAUAAAUUUAGAGCCUUGAUUUCAGGUUCUGAUGAUAAAACUAACAAACCUCAUACCUUAUUACACGGGACAUUACCUGAUAGUUUGACAUCAACUUCAAUUAAGUAUAGGAAGCCAUUGGCUCCUACCGAUUUGGUAUCUCAACUAGACACACAAUUACUAGAAUUAAUUCCCGCUGAUAAUAGUCAUUUGAGAGUCUCACAGCAAGAUUCCUUGGGUCAAGAUUCAAUGUUGAGUUCUGGAAUUACUCCUUCGAAUUCAUUGAGUGUGCCAGGAAUAACUCCGCCAAUGAAGAAGGUUAUGGAGGAAAAUAGUGACCAUAUUCAAGUGGAUUCUGGCAAAAUUAAUCCUAGUAAAUUGUCCUCAAAUACAAGAACUAAUACCAACACUGCUGAAAGCAUCAAACGCCAACUUAAGUCCAACAAAUACCUUGAAGAUAUAAUAACUGGUGGCGAUUAUCAAAUUCCCAAGAGUCUAAACGAUAUAUAUAUGAGGUGGAAAGUAUGGAGAAAGAAACCUACUCUUUUAAACAGAAUAGAAAAAUCACUUAUUAUCGAUGGUGAUUACAUUCAUCUCACCCCGACAGAAGACACAACCUGGAAAAAGAACCCUGUCGAUAACCCUUUUUCUUCAAGUAAUCAAACAGGUCAUGGAGGAAAUACACAUGGUCAUCAUCAUUAUUUGCAUCAUUAUAAUUACUCCAACUACUACAACAAACUGAUGAUGAAAACAAGUUCCUUCCAUAUCACCCAAAUUACCAAGCUCAAACAAUACAAGAACAGCAAGAACCCAAAUCAUUUCAAGAUUGUAAUCAAAAAAGAAGUUGAAAAUGAAGCAAACGUAAAAGAUAAUGCUAUUAAGAAAAAGUAUGAUUUGGAAGCUGUAAGUGCAGCUGAAUGUGAAGAUAUCAUCAAUAAGAUAAGGUAUGUUUUGCAAGUGUAUAAUAUGUCCAACAUGACUUGA